AUGGCGCGCGCGCCCGGCGCCGGCGCCGUGACCGCGUCCGCGCCCGGCAAGGUGCUGCUGCACGGCGAGCACAGCGUCGUGUUCGGCCACCGCGCGCUGGCCGCCUGCCUCGGCCUGCGCACCGCCACCACCGUCGCGCGCCGCCCCGCCGCCGCGGCGCGCGUGCGCCUGUGCCUGCCCGCCGUGGCGCUGGACGCGCGCGUGCCGGCGGCGGGGCUGUGGCGCGCGGCGCGCGACGCGGGCGCCGCGUGGCGGCACCCGCGCCGCCUGGACCACGAGCGGCUGCUGCGCGCCGUGGACGAGCUGCUGGCGGCGCGCGCGGCCGCGUGGGGCGGCGCGCAGCGGGACGCGGCGCGCGCGCUGCUGUACCUGGCGGCGGCGGUGCUGGCGGACGCGCCGGACGGGCCGGGCGCGCUGCGCGUGAGCGUGCGCAGCGAGCUGGCGGUGGGCGCGGGCGCGGGCAGCUCGGCGGCGCUGGCGGUGAGCGCGGCGGCGGCGCUGCUGCGGCUGCGCGCGGGCGCGGCGGCGGACGCGCGGCUGGUGUCGGCGUGGGCGUUCAGCUGCGAGCGCAUCGCGCACGGCGCGCCGUCGGGCGUGGACAACGCGGCCAGCGCGUUCGGCGGGCUGGUGGCGUUCCGGCGGGGCGAGGAGCCGCGCGCGCUGGCGCUGCGCGUGCGGCUGCGCGUGCUGCUGGUGGACACGCGCGCGGCGCGGCGCACGAGCGCGCAGGUGGCGCGCGUGGCCGAGCGGCGCGCGCGCUGGCCCGCCGCCGUGGACGCCACGCUGCAGGCCUGCGGACACGUGGCCGACGCGGCGCUCGAGGUGCUGCAGCAGUUGUCGGAUGCGCCCGGCGGCUCGGGCGAGCGGUACGCGGCGCUGGGCGAGCUGUGGGACGCCAACCACUGCCUGCUGGCGGCGCUGGGCGUGUCGCACCGCGCGCUGGAGCACGUGCGCGCGCUGGCGGCCGAGCACGGACUCGCCGCCAAGCUCACCGGCGCCGGCGGCGGCGGGUACGCCAUCGUGCUGGUGCCGCCCGCGGCCGACGCGGCGCGCGUGCGGGCGCUGCGCGACGCGCUGGAGGCGGCCGGCUACCUCGUCACCGACACGCUGCUGGGCGGCGACGGCGUGCGCGUGCACGACACGCCCGACGAGUCCGACGAGCCCGACGAGUCCGACGAGUCCGACGAGCCCGACGAGCCCGUCGCGCUCGAAGCGACGGACUCGUAACGCGAAUGGCGCUUCUGCCACCGAGUCGGACGUGUAGUUUAGGGUUGCAACUUGUACUCUUGGUGCGGGUGAACUAUAUGCGGGCGGUGAAGGGUGAAGGGUGAGGGGUCGAGCUGGAGGCGCGCUCGUGUGCGGGUGCUUUUUAUAACAACUUAUUAAUAACAUUGAUUUUUUUUACUA